AUGGGCGUGAAAGGUAAGUUGACUGCUUCAAUAGAAGUGAAUUGUGGAGGACACUUAAUUCAUGACCAUUUUUACACCAAAUCUCAUCUUAUACCCAACAUAACCCCUUGCAAGAUACUAAGUUUUGAGUUUCUUAAAGGUGAAACCAUAAAGGUUGGUUCAGUUGUUAGCUGGAAAUAUAACGAUGAUGGACAAGAUAAGAUUAUAAAGCAUGUGAUUGAAGCCAUUGAUCCUGAAAGUAAAUCAAUCACUUGGAAAGUGAUUGGUGGAGAUGUGUUAGAGUUGUAUGAUUCCUUCACUGUUAUUACGUCAAGUGAUCAGCAUCGGACUACAUGGACAUUUCUAUACGAGAAGAAAACUGAAGAAACUCCAGAACCUGUUGUUCUAUUGGGUUUUCUCAUUGAUCUGACAAAAGAUAUUGAGAGUCACCUUCUCGAGUGA